UAAAUUUUCUUCAGUUAAAAUAUAUCCUAUGCAUAUGUAGUAUGUGUGUAUAUAUAUAUAAAUGAAAACUAUGCAACAUAACGUAGCUUUCCAUUUUGUCGUCGUCAUGGAUACAAUUAAGAAAACAGUAACCAAAAGACUACUAGAGAAACGAGCACACGUGAGCAUUUAUCGUUUUUCAAGGUGUUUUCUGUUUCUAAGAGAUAUUAGACGAGUCUUAUAAAUGGAAAAGAAUGAUAGGGAAUCGGCGUUACGCGUAUCAAUGGAAGAAGAAGAAAAUCGUAAAACAGAUCCUAAAGAGACACGCGAGAGAUCAAUUAUCAUCAUUGGUAGUAAAAGUGUUGGUAAAACUACAAUGAUUAAUCGGUUUCUCGAAAAAGAUGAAAAACCGAAGCCAACGAUUGCUAUGGAAUAUUCGUUUGGAAGAAAAGCUGGCAAAAGUUUAGUAAAAAACAUAGUCCACGUAUGGGAAAUCGGUUACGUAGCUUCUUCUUUAAUAUCCACUGCUAUAAGUGGAUCGGCCUUAACCCAUUCGCCCCAUCACACGACACUAUUGAUGAUGCUGGAUUUAUCGAAACCAGAAUUAUUAUGGAUAACAUUCGAAGAAAUUUUAUCGGCCGUACGAAGCGCAUUGAAAAUUUCUUACGAUUCUAAACUAAUUAAUGAUAUGAUCGAGUGUAGAACAAAUGAGAGAAAAAAUGUGGAAAAAAUGAUCGAUCUUUUACCCCUAAAAACGUUUAUCAUUGGAGGAAAGUACGACGAAUUUCAGGAUUUUGAUUUAGAUAAAAAAGAAAUAAUAGGAAGAACAUUAAGAGCAAUUGCACACAGUUUAGGUGCAGGACUUUAUUAUUAUUCUUCCAAAGAUAAAAUUCUUUUACGAAAAACGAAAGAUCUUUUAUGUCAUAUUGGAUUUGGCGCUGUUCUCUCAGAAGGGAAAUUUACGAGUUACGACAAACCUUUGAUCAUAUCACCUGGCUCAGAUUCGUUUUCGUCGAUCGAUUUGCAAUUACCUUAUUCGAAACCAUCUAUGAUUUUCGACACCAUUAAACAGACUUUCAUAGUUCGUGUACCGCAAAUAACGAGAAACGAAGAAUCCACUUUAGAAGACCCAAGUAACGAUCCUAACUUUAACGAGCCCAUUAUCGACAAACUCAAAGUUCAAAGGGAAGAGGAAAUCAACGUACUUCUCGACGAUAUGUUGAACGGUCGAACACAACAGAUUCCAAUUCCUGAUCCUGUUUAAACAGUUUUGUUUACAGUUAUUAAUGCAUCAAGAAGACGAUAAAAUUUCGAGAAUAUUUCUUUAUUAUCUAUAAUCUAAUCGAAAACUGAUUACCAUAGACAUCAUGUGUGCGUGUUCGUAUGUUAUAAAAUUCAAAAAGUUUCUCAAGUGCUGAGCAAUGUUACGUAACGUUGACAAUCGCGUAGGUCUACAUAUCGUAGUAAAUGGUAGCAUAAUCGAUCCGAUGUGAUACUUUUAGUCGUCGGAUAUGUGUAUAUAUAUUCUAUUAUCAAAUAUAUUCUCACCCCGAACAACAGUGAUAAAUUAGAUUUAUUUUUUAACUUUGUUGGAUCUUACACAUAAACACACAUACGUGCUCAUACACAUAAAUACGUAUACGUAAAAAUAGUUACAUAUGUUUAAAGAUAGGUGAGAAUGGUAGUUGAUGAGAAAGUGCAAUGUCUCAGGGCAGUUUAGAAGUUAAUGGGUCAACGAGAAGAUCGUGAACCACAGUCAUGAGCUAUAGAAAUGGUUCGUGGCACUCGACGAUCUUCUCGCAAGGUCCUUGUUUGAUAUAUCAAAGAGAGAGAAAGAAUAGAAAAGAAUGAGAAAAACACACACACACAGAGAGAGAGAGA